AUGGACACCCCGUGGGCAGGCGAGGAUGUCACGCCUAAUAACUACGCCGCGAUUGUCCAGGUGAUAACAUGGAUGCUGAUGGCGAUAAGCGGUCUAGCUUUGCUCAUCAGACUGAUGACCCGGUUCUUCCUGACGAAGCGAUUCGCCUGGGAUGAUGUCCUCAUUAUCGUAGCAUUUGGCUUUUCAGUUUGCGAGGAUGUCACGUAUCUAGUAUCUGCUGGCCAGGCAUGGGGUCAAGUCUUUGCGAAUGACUUUCCGGCAGAGUCUCUCAUGCCGGCGUUGAAGAUAUCGAUUCCAGCUGGCAUUUUGCUCAUUUCCCCUAUCAAAUGGCACCGUGUCGCCUUGCAGGUCCUGGGCGGAUUCAUCGUCAUGUGGAUGGUGACCUCAGUAUUUGCGCUCACCUUCCAAUGCCCGCUGCCGGAUCCGUGGAACUAUAUUACAAAGACCUGCCCUAGUCGUGUGAGUUUUAUCACUAAUUGGUUACUUCAAAUGCUAAUGCCAGACCGGAUCAGCGUCCGAUUUUGUUUUAUGUGA